AAGGCCAAGGCUCUGAUACUCUGUGGCACUACUCCAUUCUCUCGGGGUCUGAAUAGCCUCCGUCAUCAGCCACUGGCUCAGGUUAGCUAAACUCAGCCCAUCAGCCGAAAUGGCGAUGGUAUUACCCCUUUACUUUAUGGUUACCCUGCGGCUUUGACUAGGAACAACGCCCUGAGCACCUCAACAUUUGAAACAUCACCACCUUCGCCACCGUCGCUAGAAGAAGAGUCGAUGAAAGCUCCGGUGGCUGCCUUUGAGAACCGUAUGACCCAAGACGAUUCGAACAUGGAAGAUUUCUCGGCAUGGUCUCCCUUCGAUGAACCGUUCAUAACUAUUGACGAGGAGCAACAACCGGAGAACGUUCCACCACAAGUUCCGGUGAGUUCAUCGUACGAUAUUCUAGACUGCCCUAAUGCUCUGAACGAUUCGGCACCAUUUCCGAGAACUUUACUUUCGGAUAAUCUAAACUGGCCCAACUUUUCGCAUUGUUUACGAUCGGAGCAAACUCCACUGCCACAGCCGACGACUUCACCUUCGGAAAGUCUGAAUAGGACCGGUUCUGCACAUGGUUUACGAUCAGGAAACAUCCCAGCAACGCGAAGUCUUUAUCCGAAUGCAUAUGGACCUGUUCCGGCGACAUUACCAUCUUGGAAUCCAUACUGGCCCAGUUAUCCGAAUGGUCAAGGAUCUGAAAACAUGGUACCACUAGUUCCGGGGUAUUUGCCCUCCGAAAGUCUAUUUAGCUGGUCUAAUUCUCACAACAUUCCACCCCUUGUUCCUGCGGCUUUACCUUGCGGUAGUGUAGGUUGGCCAUAUUAUCAUGGUUUCGGGACUAUACCGUCAUAA